GUGCAUGACGAUGUUUCAGGAUUGAUAGUGCGAAAAAUUGGAAUGCUACCACAGUGGACGGUCGAAGGGGAACGCAUCCUCUGCACUCUUCUAGAAGUUUGCGAGGUAUCAAUUUUUGAUGUGAUUUUCUCUAUUUCCAAAAAUAAACAUGAUGAAGGACAUUACAUUGAACAUUAUCUUCCUUUCAUUUACUUUCUUGUGGGAAAACUACACUUUGAUGAGUUUAUAUUCUCGUCGAAGUGCAAUUCUAUACGUUGUACUGUAUUUCAGAAUCAUGUCAUCAGCGUAGUAUCGCCAGAGGAAUGGUAUCGCAAGAGUAUUGUUGGAAAGAGGAAAGCUUUUAACAGGGAGGGACCACUGUGGAAGGUCACUGUGGGUGCUGUAAAUGGUGACUCUGAUAGGUUCACUCGAGCAUAUCGUAAUCAGUUCACGCGUGCUUGUGUACCUGUCAAAAAGCAUCUGGGGUCGUUUUUGGUUUCUGAAGAAGCACUCCCUAGUGUAGGAACAAGCUUGGAUGUUCGACAUUUUAAUGUGGGACAGUAUGUUACUGCCACAGGAAAAACGAUUGAUUGGGGAUUUCAAGGAGGAAUGCAUCGUUGGGGUAUGAGAGGACAACCUGCUAGAAACACUACCAAAUCACAUCGUCGUAUCGGAUCUAUAGGAUCAACUGGUGAUGCACGCGUAUGGCCGGGAAAACGAAUGCCUGGACAUAUGGGUUACGAAUGGGUCACUGUUAGUGGACUUGAG